GAACUGGGGGGCGGGAUGUCUCGGCGCCCCUGCAGCUGCGUGCCGCGUUACGGCGUGCGCCGCUACCCCCGCCUGCCUAGCGUUCCGUGCGGCCCCACCACGGCGGCGCGGAGGGGCCCUGAGCGCCCGCCCCGCCCCUGGCCCCGCCCCCGGGCUCGCGGCCGCCUGACUUCCGGCGGCGCGCGGCAGCGUUUCCCGCCCCCUCCCCUUCAGCGCACUCGGGCUGAGAGCAGCGACCGCGCCGCGCCGCCGGGCCAGGCCGCGGCCAUGAGUGAGGCAGAAGUGAAUCCCAAAGCUUACCCACUGGCUGAUGCACAGCUCACCAAAACGCUACUGGAUCUUGUGCAGCAGUCCUGCAACUAUAAGCAACUACGCAAGGGAGCCAAUGAAGCCACCAAAACACUGAACCGAGGGAUAGCAGAGUUUAUUGUGAUGGCAGCAGAUGCAGAGCCCUUGGAAAUCAUCCUGCACCUCCCUCUUCUCUGCGAGGACAAGAAUGUACCUUACGUGUUUGUACGCUCCAAGCAAGCCCUGGGCCGGGCAUGUGGUGUUUCCCGGCCUGUCAUCGCCUGCUCCAUCACCAUCAAGGAGGGAUCACAGCUAAAGCCUCAGAUCCAGUCUGUCCAGCAAGCUAUAGAAAGACUGUUGGUCUAAAUGCCCCUAAGUUUGUGUGUGGAAUAGGAAAGUUGAUGUCAGGGGAAAUUAAUGUCUAGCUUCAGUUGAGAUUAUAGUUUUGAUAUCAGUGUUUCAUUUAAAAACACUGCAUAUUUGUUUAAUAAUGGCUUAAUUCUUAGUGUUUCUGCCUCUCCUCCCCCCUCUUUUCUAUUAUUACAUUCAACACAUUCAUUCUAAUUGUAUUUCUUCUUGAAAAGUGAUUGUACAACUGUGUUUCCUAUUUGAUGUUGAAAAGAAAGGGAAAAAAAAAAUCCCCACCUUAUUUCUGUCCCCAAUCAGCUGCCUCUGCGUUGCAGUAUUUCUGCUAAGCUUCAGUCUCUAACAGGUGUGAAUAAGUGUUUCUGAAUGGUUUUGUCUACUGAGGAUAAGGCAUGUCGGUUCCCCACAGUGUGUGCCUGCAGACUGCUGGGAUUGUUGCUUUAAGUGAUGGAGCAGCAUAGACCAUGUACAAGGCAGGCAGCAGCUCCUGUGUAGCAGCGGAUGGAGCCAAGAUCAGUAUAUAUAGCACAACCCUUUUCCUUCUUGAAACCAGACAAAAGACUUCUGUAAGAGGUAUGGGGAGCAGGAAUCUUGUGGCAGUGUACAAGAGGAAAUCUAUUUUGCUUAUUUUUAAAUACUGACUUUUUAAGAAAAAUAAAAUUGCUGACAAAGCCAAAUAUAAUUGUCAAUUCCCUUGGGGAAGGCUUUUCAACUAACUAAAGUGUUCCUACUUGUAAAACUAAACCGCUCAGAGACUGCUUAAAGGUUAUUGCAGUGCAGUAGUUCAUACUCCUUCAGUUUUCUUUGCAUGGACUGCUUCACUGAGCUUGGACUUCCUAGGGAAUUUAAGUACAAAACACAUGAUCGAGAGGAGCCUAGUGUGGCUGACAAGUACCCUACAUCUUGCCAAUACUUUUUAUAAUUAUCUCAUGCUUUUAGGAAAGCUACUGUACUGUAGUCACCUGGCUGAAGAUGAACCCUCUAAGUCAGGGGCAAGACAAAAGGAAUCAAGUCAUUUUUUCAGAUAAAUCAACCUGUGUCUCAAGAAAAGAAUGCUAGAUAAUCUCAUGUUCUGGAAAAGUAUGAAGCACCACCAGCAUUCUGGAUUAGUGCUGGUUUUAUGGAGCUUGUUUGGUUUAAUGCAUGUUGUACAGUAAAUCUACUUACUGCUCUGUGCAGAAGAGUAAACCUCUGUAUUGGAAUGGGUCCUAUCAAGCCUGUCUUCUAUUGCAGGAUACCAGAGCAAAGCUAGCAUGGAAAGACCAAUAGAUACAGUAGCAGAAGGGAAAAGAAGUUAAUGUUUCCAAAGACACUAACUUUGUACCUUUAGUAAGUACAUCCCAAGCAGAUGAAAUCAGAUCAUGAAAGACUGAAGACAAAUCAUGUCUGUAUUUUUUUAAGUGGCUGACAACAGUAAUAUCCUUGCUGAGGUGAACCCAAUACAAAGAUUUUAGAAUCUUUUUAUUUGUAUGAGGUUUAGAAAAGCUGCUGUUCCCUUCUACUGAUGCUGACUGUUGAGCUGGUGUGUUUAAAACCACAACUUUGCAAAGGGUUUGCCAUAUUGUACCAUGCCAAGACAGCUGAUUUAAGACAGCACACAGAGCAGAAAUAAAGGAUUCUUGAGCAAGAAAAA